AUGGCAAACGACUCCAACUUUCACCGGCGCGCAGAAUGGGCCCCGCACAAAGAGACCAUCUUAGGCUGGCCUGGCCUAGAGGGGACUCUCAAGGAGCAUCCCGAAAGGCUGGCAAGAGCUACGCAAGAAGUGUCAAAUAUUGCUCAAGCCAUCGCCCAUUUCGAGCCCGUUACUGUAAUUGUGGGCAGUGAGCGCAUUGAAGAGGCUGAGACAUACUUUGCCGGAAUUGAUACGCCUUUCUCAAUCAAAUUGCACCGUAUUGAAGGUACAAGCUUGGACAUAUGGUUGAGAGACUUCGCGCCCACAUUCGUCGUCAAGGAGUCCGACGGCAACCUUGCCGGCCUUGACUGGAACUUUAACGGCUGGGGAGGGAGAUACCCCACUCCUACAACCAAAACUCUGGCAAAAACUUUCUUGUCUGACAAUUCAAUCGAGCGAAUCGAAACGUCCAUCGUGACCGAAGGUGGCGCACUCGAGACGGAUGGUGAUGGAACUCUCUUGGUGACGGAAAGCUCAAUCCUCAACGACAACAGAAACCCAGGCAAAUCGCGUAAAGACGUUGAAACUGAGCUUCGUCGUACUCUGGGAGCCGAAAAGGUCAUUUGGAUUCCUGGCAGGAAGCGCGCAGAUGCGACGGACUGCCAUGCUGACGCUUUGGCUCGCUUCGUUAGGCCAGGUGUGGUCCUCCUGAGCAAAGCCAAUGAGGUCGAGGCGAAAGACAGGACUAUCGUCUACGAAGAGGCACUCGAGAUUUUAGCCAAUGCAACUGAUGCAAAGGGCCGUCCGUUCGAGAUCGUCGAGAUAGAAGAACCUGACCAAGAGAUGUUCCCUCCGAGCGACUUUGGCGACAGUCCUCCUGUGCGAAGCUACGUCAACUACGUGCUGGCCAACGGAGGCAUUAUUCUUCCUCAAUUCGGCGACCCAGCCCAUGAUGCUGCGGCCAUAAGAGCAAUGCAGAGGCUUUUUGGCGACGAGAGAAGAAUCUACCCCGUUCUGAUUGAAGAAUUGCCACUAUUGGGAAGUGGACCUCAUGCAGCGACGCAGGAAGUGCCCAUGUUUCCAUAG